CCCGGACAACACAUAAAAUACGAAACCCGAACCCGGGUGACAGAGUUAUCGGGUAUCACAGCUGGAUACAGCCUGUCACCAACGAAGAGUCUCUUCCUCUAUCUUUUUUUCUUUCUCCCUUCCCUAUCCUGUUCACGCCUCAUUCCUUAAUCUCUCUCUCCCGUCUCCGAUUCUUAGGGUUUUCUCCGAUCUCCUUCCUCCCGGCGCUCAGAUCUUCUUCCCCGUUCUAACUCUUUGGAUCCAGAUUCUCCCUCCUUUUUAUGUAGGUAACAAAACAACAACACACAUAUCAAGUGCUAGAGUCAAGAUCACAAAAAGUUGUGUAUCGGGUGAUCGGAUCUUAUCUCUUUUACUGACUCUCUCCUCUUUGAAGCUGGUAUCUAAUCUGGAGAGAAGGCGCAGCUAGUGGCGAGAGAACUUUUGUGCAUCCAUGCUGGUAGAGAGCAUGCGUGGAUACUGUCUUUUGGGUGAUGCCCCUGACAAAAUUAGUUCCCGAUGCAUUCGGCGUGCUGACCAUCUCUCUAGUCGCUCUGCUUAUUCUUCUCGGUCUCCUUUGCAUCGCCUACUCCUUCUACUUCCAGUCUCACGUUCGUAAGCUUGGCUUUACUCAGCUUGGUUACUUCUCCGGUCCUUGGAUUAUCCGAAUCACUUUCAUUCUCUUUGCUAUUUGGUGGGCUCUUGGUGAGAUCUUCCGGUUGAGCUUGUUUAGGCGUCACACAAGGCUGCUGAGCGGCUUGGAUCUCAGAUGGCAACAAAACGUCUGCAAGUGGUACAUCGUUUCCAAUCUAGGCUUUGCGGAGCCUUGCCUCUUUCUGACUCUCAUGUUUCUUCUGCGCGCUCCUUUGAAGAUGGAGUCUGGGGCUUUGAGUGGCAAGUGGAACAGGAACACUGCGUGUUACACUCUUCUUUAUUGUCUACCCAUGCUUGCUCUUCAACUUGCGGUUGUUUUGUCCGAGUCACGCCUCAACGGUGGUAGUGGCUCUUAUGCAAAGCUCUCACGCCCCUUCACAAGAACCUAUUCGCGAGUUACUAUUGAUCAUGCUGAGGUUGCGUUGUGCACCUAUCCUCUACUGAGUACCAUCAUCCUCGGUGUGUUUGCAGCCGUACUAACAACUUACUUGUUCUGGCUUGGAAGGCAGAUACUGAAACUGGUGAUCAAUAAGCGUCUGCAGAAGAGGGUAUACGCUUUGAUAUUCUCUGUCUUUAGUUUCCUUCCGUUGAGGAUAGCUAUGCUCUGUUUGUCGGUUCUCGCUAGUGCAGACAAGAUUGUGUUCGAAGCCCUUUCAUUCUUAGCCUUCUUGUCCCUCUUCUGCUUUUGCGUGGUUUCCAUUUCCUUGCUUGUCUACUUCCCGGUUUCUGAUUCAAUGGCCCUGAGAGGUCUAAGGGACAUAGAUGGAGAUGAUAGUAGGGCUGUGACUGAAGAACGCAGCGGUGCUCUGUUGCUUGCACCACAGAACGAGGAUAGCUUGAGCUUAAGAGGUCGGAGAUCUUCUUCACAGGAGAGGUAUGUGGAACUCAGCCUAUUUCUUGAAGCUGAGAACUAAAAUUGUCGGAAGGCUGUUUCUUUGGCUUUUGGCUAUGUUUAUGUACAGAUUCCUGGUGAAACAAGCAGAGCGAGAAAGAGGGGUUAGUUAAAAGACUUAAGUUUGCGCUAAAAAGGCAUAACGAAGACAACUUUGAUUGUAAAGGAGGGAUUGGGGGAUUUAACUCUUGUGAGGGUUUGUUGUUUGAAAUGUUUUCUGCUUGAUGGAUCAUAUUUUUGUACCUUUAUUAUGUGAUCAUUUUUGAUUUUAGAAAAAAACAAAACACAAAACUAAUUUCGUUCUU